GAUUGCCCUCAACUUCCCAAAAUAUCAGAACUAACCCCAAGUUCAUUCAAUCCUCAAUUCCUCACCAUUUCUGACUCGACGCUGCGCCAACAAUGGCGUCUCUAACCACCAUCGGAUUGCCCAGAACCCUAACACCUCCCCCCGAAAUCCCACUCAAACCUCACCAAUGCCCACAAUUCAAAUCUCUGAAGCAACGCCGAUUUCCCUCUCAAAAGAGGGUCUUUUCCAGAACUGCCAUCAAGGCCUCGAACCCAAGCGCACCCACUGGCUCUUCGCCAGGACUAUACUCUGCCCAGAAAUUCGAACUCACCGCUCGAAACGUGGACUUGGUUCUCGAGGACGUUCGGCCUUAUCUCAUUGCCGAUGGUGGAAACGUCGACGUUGUGUCUGUCGAAGACGGCAUCGUAUCUCUCAAACUCCAAGGAGCAUGUGGGAGCUGUCCUAGCUCAACAACUACAAUGACGAUGGGGAUUGAACGAGUACUAAAAGAAAAGUUUGGAGAUGCAGUGAAGGACAUUCGCCAAGUAGAUGAUGGUGAAGCAAGGGAGACAACUGUUGAGGCAGUAAAUGGUCAUCUUGACGUAUUGAGACCAGCCAUUAAGAACUAUGGUGGGAGUGUGGAAGUGUUGUCUGUUGAAGGAGGCGAUUGCCUUGUAAAGUAUGUGGGGCCUGAAUCCAUUGGAACAGGAGUUAAAGCAGCAAUCAAAGAGAAGUUCCCAGAUCUUGUGAAUGUUGUGUUCGCUGAGUAGGUUGGCUGCUCACUAUGUUAGAAGCUCAGCUAAUUUGUUAUCUUGUCUUGUGCUAUGUAUCUUUUUACAAUGUUUACAAUGGAUAUUUCAUCUAGUCCAUAGUCAAAGGUUUCCUUGCUUAA